CACCUUCAUUCCAACCCCCACAAUCACGAAUAUCCCCCUAGGGUAAGGCCUUCCUGCGGCUUCACUUCACUCCCUGUUCCCGCCCGGUCGAAUUUAGUUUUCAUCUAAGCUUGAUUCAAGCCACGACGCGGCAAUAUCCCACCCGGCGUCAUGCCGCACGCAACUCUCCCUCCGCCUGGCUUCCAGGCCCUCAUACUGUGCGGCCCCGGUGCUUCCUUCAGUACCUUCACCUCGUCGCCAAAAGAUAUACCAAAAGCCCUGCUGCCAAUUGCAAACCGGCCUAUGCUGUGGUAUCCAUUAGAAUGGUGUUAUCGGAUGGGCAUUACUGACAUCGUAGUGGUUACCCCCCCAGAGUCACUGGAAGCCAUUGAAGCCGCCAUGUCCCAAAACCCACAUCUCACUUCUCUCCCCGCACCAAAACCAGACAUCCUGGCACCCAAGGACCUCACGCACCAGACAGGUACGGGAGAGCUCUUCCGGCUGCCAGAGGUUCAGUGCGCCAUAAAGGGUGACUUCGUUGUGCUCCCGUGCGAUAUUGUCUGCGAGUUGGACGGCACAGCACUCGCAGAUGCAUGGAUGGUCGAGGAGGCUGGCCUGGGAGGCCUCAGAGGCUCAGGGAAGAUGCCAAUGGGCAUUGGCGGUGAGCGGCUUGGACGAAGAGGUGGCCUGGGUGUGUGGUAUCAGACUAAAGGAGAAGGAAGCAUGAAAGGAGAAGAGACCGACUUCAUUGCUACGACACCUCUCCUAACCCCCAUCGUACCACCACCCUCAGACUCAUUGCGGCGCGACAUCUCAACCUUAGUAUACACAGUGCCGACCGACACGCUGAAAGACAUCACCGAGGAGAACAAAUGCCUGCCCGUGCGGCACUCGCUCAUUCGCAAGCAUGGCCGGAUAAAAAUGCUCAGCACUCACCGCGACGCCCAUAUCUACUUCUUCCCAUAUUGGGUUAUUGAAAUGAUUAGGAAGAACGAAAAGUUCGAGAGCGUCGGCGAGGAGGUUUUGGGGUGGUGGGCGAAAGCAGGUUGGCAAGAUGGACUUGGAGACAAGCUCGGUCUUCGGCAAAUUUUCCAUGGCGCAGACAAUGCGGAUGGAGAAUUAGACGGCUCCCAAGACCCCGACGAAGAAAUUGAUCUUUCCACGCUUAGUAGCACUUGGUCCGGCGUUGCACAGGCGAAUGCAUCGCAACCCACUAUUCUGGCUUCAAGGGUCCAGAACUCUAACAUUCCAGAGGCCGCUACAGCCAUCAGUCCCAAGGCGAAGCUUACUAUUCCCCCCAUACUGGCAUAUGUGCAGCCAUCAGGUCCUUCAUGUCCCCUCAUCCGUAGAGUUGACACAGCUCAUCUGCUACUCACCGUAUCUCUCCGACUCGCGAAACUCCCCUCCAUUGAGGAAGCUGGCCGGGAUGCGGCAUCACCUUUCGCCCACCAAGCGAAGAUAGCCCAUAGAGAAACGAUUCCCAGGAAAUGUCGUGUCGAGUCCGAAAACUCGUUACUGGCGGAAAAUGUGAUCGUGGAAGAAAAGACUAACAUCAAGGAAUGUGUUAUCGGCUCGAACUGCAAGAUCAGCGAAGGCGCUCGGUUACUCCGGUGCUUGCUGAUGGAUGGCGUUGAAGUUGGACCAAACGCACAACUCACAGAUUGCAUACUAGGGCGAAGAUGUAAGAUUGAAGGCGGGCCUUCAAAGGCGGAUGACAAGACGGUGCUGAAGGAUUGCGAGGUCCAAGAUGGACAGGUAGUGGAAUGGGGAACUGAGGCGAAGAACGAGAAGUUCAUGCGAUUCGAGCUUCCAAGCGACGAAGGUGAGGAUGGAGGUUUCGGUAAUGAUUCUAUCGUAGUCGAUGAACCAGAGGAAGGGGUUUCGAUGCGAUAGCGUUCUCCCUUCUCUACUUCGACUUGUUUAGCAAUACAUCAAGAAUGUGGUGUUCAAACGAAACACGAUAGUCAUAGAACGGGACCAUAUGAAUGCACGAACGGUUCGGCAUCUACUAAAAGUUCAGAAC